AUGUUAGAUGACGGGUUAAAAGCAAAGGCUCAGAUCAAUCGAUACCUAGCCCUACAGACGGAGAUACCUUCCUUUACCACCGAGGAAUGGCAGCACCUGUCUCAGAUUCAUCAAGUACUGAGCAAGUUCAACGAGCUCACCCUGUUCGUAUCAGAGCGAAAGCCACAGAUCAGCCUUACCGUCCCACUCUAUUAUGAGCUACAUGAUUUACUCAAUGAGGGGUCUGAAGCUCAGGGAGUCUUUUCGGGAUUAGAUCGUGAUAUUGCCCAAGCAAUCAAGGAAGGAAUGAAGAAAUACGAGAAAUACUACACCUUUAUGGAUGAAUCAGAUACCUACUACACUGCUCUGAUUCUAGAUCCUCGGGUGAAAGGAGACCUAAUCCUCAAUGAAUUAGAGGAUAAAGAGGCUGGGAAUCUAAUAUUAAGAGCUGUCCGUAACAGUCUUCAUCAGAAAUAUCCACUUCGGAACCGCGAAUCGCCUAGAACGGUAUUACAGCAGUCGGCAUCGGAAAUCAAGACGGUAGAAUCCCGAAUGCUCCAACGGCUACAGCCUCAAGCGGUGCCCCUUCUGUCCGAUAUUGAUCGGUACUUUGACAGUCCUCGAGUUAGCAAUAUUGAUACUACAGAUCCGAAUUGGCUUUGUAACUGGUGGCGAGUACACAAGGAUGAACUGCCUCAAAUGGCAGCAGCAGCAAGAGAGUAUCUACCAAUUCCAUCGUCAGAGAUGUCAGUGGAA